AUGCCGUCUCUGCAGCUGCUGCAGCUGACGGACCGCGGCCGGGGGCUUCUCGCUUCCAGGAGGUCGGUCGGUUCGGAUCACUCACGCACUCGCCAAGUUCCCUCUUUUAACUUUCUCUCGCCGUUCUUGCCAAUUGCAUUCCUCACCGUCCUCACUUGUGCGCCACCAACCAGGAGGACGCUCGCCGUUGUCUCCGGCGCGGUGCUUGCCGGCGGAGCUCUGGCGUACGCCCGCUCGAGCCAGAGCCGGCGGAGGAGGCGUCUGGAGGCGAAUCGCGGCGGCGAAGCUGGUGCAUUGGCCGCGAACGGGGACGGGUUGAGCCAGAACGGUGCCGGCGGUGGAUUGGCUGCAGGAAAGCAGAAAAGGAGUGGCCUCAAAUCUCUGCAUUUCCUCGCUGCUAUCCUACUCAAGAAGAUUGGUCCCAGUGGCACGCGCUACCUUCUCGGCUUGGUAUUAACAGCGGUAGGUGCUUGCUAUUUACAGCUGUGGGGGCAUAGAUUAGCAAGAGUUCAAGGCUCUUUAAGUCUGCGUUUCAAGAAAAUUUUAACAGAUAUCACCCAUGCUGAUUACUUUGAGAAUAUGGUUUACUACAAGAUCUCACAUGUGGAUCAUCGGAUAUCAAAUCCGGAGCAAAGGAUUGCUAGUGAUAUCCCAAAGUUCUCUUCUGAACUAAGUGAACUUGUACAGGAUGAUCUGGCUGCAGUUGCAGAAGGGUUAAUAUACACCUGGCGUCUCUGUUCUUAUGCUAGUCCAAAAUACGUGUUCUGGAUUAUGGCAUAUGUGCUAGUUGCCGGUGGGGUAAUAAGGAACUUUUCUCCUGCUUUUGGGAAGCUGAAAUCUACGGAACAGCAACUAGAAGGAGACUAUCGUCAACUUCAUUCACGAUUAAGAACACAUGCUGAGAGUGUGGCAUUUUAUGGUGGAGAACAGAGAAGCAUCUCAUAUUAUGCAGCGUAUUUUGGCGCCACUGUGGCAGUUGUCCUUAUUAUAGAACCUUUCUUCUCUGGCAACCUUAGACCUGAUUCAUCUACCCUUGGAAGGGCUGAAAUGUUGAGCAAUCUUCGAUAUCACACAAGCGUGAUCAUUUCACUGUUUCAGUCUCUUGGGAUCCUUUCUAUCAGCACACGACGUUUAAAUAUCCUGAGUGGCUAUGCAGACCGGAUUCGUGAGUUAUUGGAUGUUUCACGUGAGCUGUCUGGGGUUCGUGAUAGAUCACUGAAUCACAAUUCUCCUGGAAAUUAUGUCAGUGAAGCAAACCAUAUAGAAUUUUCAGAUGUUAAGGUAGUCACACCUGCAGGUAAUGUUUUGGUUGAUGAUUUGACUCUCCGGGUAGAAACUGGUUCUAAUCUUUUGAUCACUGAUCAGGAGAUUGAACCACUUACCUAUGAUGGAAUGGUGGACCUUCUAAAGAAUGUUGACCUGGAAUAUUUGCUUGAACGCUAUCCUCUUGACAAGGAAGUUAACUGGGGUGAUGAGCUGUCCCUCGGCGAGCAGCAAAGAUUGGGAAUGGCCAGGUUAUUCUACCAUAAGCCAAAGUUUGCCAUCCUUGAUGAGUGCACUAGUGCCGUGACAACUGAUAUGGAAGAACGUUUUUGCAAAAAGGUUCGAGCUAUGGGUACAUCCUGCAUAACAAUAUCUCAUCGACCAGCUUUAGUUGCAUUUCAUGAUAUUGUUCUAUCCUUGGACGGUGAAGGAGGUUGGAAUGUCCAGCAUAGAAGGGAUGACUCAUCCUUUUCCACCGAAGAAUCUGAUUUUUCAUCAUCAGAAACUGAUCGUAAAUCUGACGCACUGACUGUUCAAAGGGCUUUUAUGAGCAGGGCAAAGAGCAAUGCUUCAUUGGGGUCCAAGGAUCAUUCAUACUGUACAGAGGUUAUAGCAACUUCCCCUAAGGUGGAAAUAGAACAUGCAGCACGGACAUCUCGAAUUCCACAUUUACGAUGUCACUCAAGACCCUUGCCUCUCAGAGUAGCUGCAAUGCUAAAAAUACUAGUUCCUAGACUAUUUGAUAAACAAGGCGGGCAGUUGCUUGCUGUUGCUGUUCUUGUUUUCUCUCGUACAUGGAUCUCUGAUCGUAUUGCUUCGUUGAAUGGGACAACUGUGAAGUUUGUCUUGGAACAGGACAAAGCUGCCUUUAUUAAGCGCCUGAUUGGUGUCAGUAUUCUACAAAGUGGUGCAAAUUCUUUUGUGGCACCAUCUCUUAGGACCCUUACUGCAAAACUUGCCCUUGGAUGGCGAAUUCGCAUGACCAAUCAUUUGCUUCGAUAUUACUUGAAAAGAAAUGCAUUCUACAAGGUAUUCAACAUGUCAGGUAAAAGUAUUGAUGCAGACCAAAGAUUAACACUUGAUGUAGACAAGUUGACCACUGACCUUGCCGGCCUAGUUACUGGAAUGGUAAAACCGCUAGUUGACAUUCUUUGGUUUACAUGGAGAAUGAAGCUCUUAUCUGGACGAAGAGGAGUUGCUAUACUGUAUGCUUACAUGUUACUGGGUUUGGGCUUUCUGAGAGCUAUAUCCCCUGACUUUGGUCGUCUCUCAGGCCAAGAACAAGAACUUGAAGGAACAUUCAGGUUCAUGCACUCGAGACUGCGGACACAUGCUGAAUCAAUUGCUUUCUUUGGUGGUGGUUCAAGAGAAAAGGCGAUGGUUGAGGCUAAAUUCGUCAAGUUAAUUAACCACUCAAAGAUUCUUUUGAGGAAACAGUGGCUUUAUGGUAUUGUUGAUGAUUUUGUAACAAAGCAACUUCCGCACAAUGUAACGUGGGGUCUGAGUCUGUUGUAUGCUUUGGAGCACAAGGGAGACAGAGCUUUAACCUCAACUCAAGGAGAGUUGGCACAUGCCCUGCGGUUCUUGGCUUCAGUGGUGUCACAGAGCUUCAUAGCCUUCGGCGACAUUCUUGAGUUACAUAAGAAGUUCCUUGAACUUUCUGGUGGGAUUAACCGGAUCUUUGAGCUUGAGGAGUUUACACGCUUCGCUCAAAGAAAUACUGCGGUGUCUACCAAUGCCAUCAGUGUAGCCUCAGAAGAAAUUAUUUCAUUUCAUGAAGUGGACAUUGUAACACCAUCACAGAAGCUAUUGGCUAGAAAACUCUCGUGCAAUGUGGUACAAGGGAAAAGCCUUCUUCUGACUGGUCCCAAUGGUAGUGGAAAGAGUUCUAUUUUUAGAGUGCUCAGGGAUCUGUGGCCCACCUUCUCUGGGAGAGUUACCAAGCCCUCAGAAGGGAUGUUUCAUGUUCCUCAACGGCCAUAUACCAGCCUGGGUACUCUGCGGGAUCAGAUCAUAUACCCUCUCUCAAUGGAGGAAGCGAAGAUAAAAGUUCUUUCAUUACAUAGAUCUGGUAGCAAUUCUAGUGCCUCUGUACUGCUGGAUGAUCAUCUGAAGACAAUUCUAGAGAAUGUCCGGCUGCUGUAUCUUCUAGAAAGAGAAGGGUGGGAUUCUACACCAAACUGGGAAGAUGUUCUGUCGUUAGGAGAACAACAGAGGCUUGGGAUGGCUCGUUUGUUUUUCCAUCAUCCUAAGUUUGGUAUCCUCGACGAGUGCACCAAUGCUACGAGUGUUGAUGUUGAAGAGCAUCUGUACAGACUUGCAACUAGCAUGGGCAUAACUGUGAUCACUUCCUCACAAAGGCCUGCUUUGAUACCCUUCCAUGCCUUGGAGCUGAAGCUCAUUGACGGCGAAGGGAACUGGGAGCUAUGUGCGAUCCAGCAGUGA